AUGUCUUUACAACGCACACCACCGAAUGUGUUUUCAUCGGACGGUGAUAUUCCUGCAUCGGUAAAGAAGAUUAGCGGCGAAAGUUUUAUAACUACCCGUAAACGUAAACAAAUGGAAAACGAUAAAAUUGAUACAAAUAUGAUUAAAUUUGAAGAAAAAUUUGAUAGUCAAAUGCAAAUAUGGAAUAAAACCAUUAGCGAUUGCAUCGCAAAUAGCAUUGCCACCGCGGUAAAUACGGCCCUAAAGGGCGAGCUAUCAAAGAUUACCUCUGCGUUAUCAGAACUUAAUGAUAAUGUGUUGAAACUUAACACGGAUGCUAUCAACCUUAAUAAAUCAGUGAACGAAGUUAACACCCGACUGUGCGAAAUAGAGAAGUCACUUAGCUUCUCGAAUGAACGACAGGACUUAUUUGACAGUCGACUGAAAACUGUAGAACAGAACAUAUCACAAUAUAAUGGCUUUAAAAGUCAAAUACAACUACUUGAGAACAAAAUACAUACUAUGGAACAGCAAGCAAGACAGUGCAAUGUCGAAAUAGUUAAUAUCCCCGACAGGCGAGGUGAGAAUCUAAUCAGCAUAAUUGAGUGUUUGGGUGAUGCUAUUAAGCAUCCUUUACAAUCAUCCGACAUAAUAGCCGUUCAUCGUGUACCUCAUGCUGACAAAAAUGAUCGACGUCCGAAGAAUAUUAUAGUAAAGUUCGCAAACAGGACACUGCGCGACAAUGUGAUUGCCGCCUGCCGUGCUACGAAAGGGUUGAAUUCGACAUCAUUGUCCGUACCUGGCCGGCCUGCCACCGUUUACGUUAACGAGCAUUUAACGUUAAAUAACAAAUUGUUGUUUCGUCAGUGCCGGGAGGCUGCUAAGAAAAACGAGUAUAAAUAUGUUUGGGUUAAACAUGGCACCGUUCUGGCUCGCAAGACGGAUACUUCACCCGCUAUCGCAAUCAGAUCCCUCCAGGACAUCGCACGAAUCAAAUGA